AUGACCGUUCGCGAGUGGUUUGCGGGCCAGGAGGUCCUCCUGACAGGAGUUACAAGUGACAUAGGAAACGCGGUGCUUGAAAAACUGCUGAGAUCUUGUCCGGACAUAAAAACCAUCAGCGUGAUUCUAAGGUCGAAGAAUCUUCGGAGUAGCGAAGACCGGAUAAAAGAUUUGCUCUCAUCACGCGGGUUCGAAAGAGUGAAACAAGAAUGUCCGGGAGCGAUUUCGCGGGUUCGGAUCUUCGAGGGAAAUCUGGUGUACGAAAAUUUGGGCCUUGACGACGAUCAAGUGGCGCGUCUCCGAGGCUUGAACGUCGUGAUCCACGCGGGCGGUCCGCACGAGGAGCUUCUCGACUUUUGCUGCAAUUUGCCAGCCCUAAAAUCGGCGGCCAUCGCGACGAGCAUCUUCGGGAAUAGAGGACGGAUCACCGAGUCGGUUCUUAAUUCAAAACUCCCGGGGAUCCCGUUGGUCAUGAUCCGAUUUCCGGCCAUCGGACCGGCGGCGAAGGAACCGAUUCCUGGUUACACGAGCGUCCUGAAGGGGGCGACGGUUCUCAUGAUCGGCGCCGGAUACGCUCUCGGAAAUCCCGAUUCUCCCGCGGCGAUACUUCCGGUCGAUAUCGCGGCCAACACCCUCAUCGCCUCGGCAUGGGACAAAGGGACGAGAAGCCACGAGCGAGCGGCGACAGUCUUCAGCGUUCCAGCCCUCGGCUGCACUUGGAGAACCCUUAUCGAGAACGGGUGCAGGGCGAGUAUGCAAUUCCCUUUUCCGUCCUUCGGCAUUCGAGGGAUGACGUCAAGGCCACGGAUGCAUUUUCUGGUCGUCCUGCUGCUCGAAUGGCUGCCCUCGUUCCUUUGCGACACGUUUUUGGUUGCGGUCGGGGGUAAACCGAGAAUGGUUAAGGAAUAUCAGCACAUGCGUUCAGUGCUAGAGACACUGGAGCCAGUCUUGUCAAAGUCUUGGACUAGCGACCAAAGAAAAGUCCGAGCGUUGAAUGAUCGAAUGACGGCGAUGGAUCGAGAGGAUUUUUACGUCCGGACAGAAAUUGAUCUUGAAUCGUACGUCUUGUGCUCAAGCGCGAUGGCAACGAAGCUCUGCAUGAACAAGGCUAACCUGACGUUGAUAAGAAAUUUCAAGAUAGCCGCAAUGCUGGGACUGGCUGCUGUGCUAUAUAUCCUCCUGUUCCUCUGAUAGUAACUGCGUCAAUGUCGACGCCACGGUCAGAUAAAAGCGUUAAUCCAAAGCCAGUGGCUGCCGGACGUCACUUGAAAACUUUUUUGGCUCAUUGCUUGCAAGAGUCUUCCCGAAGUAUACUUCAGGAUUUUCUAGCCCAAUAUUAACAAAUAGGUAUAUUUUUACAUUGUUGGUUAAAGUUGGUUGAAGAAAUUGGUGAAUUCUGGGUAUUUAUAUUCCAAAGCACGGGGGGGGGUCGAGCUUUGCUUACAUAUUUUUUAUCAGAAUUAAUUAAUCCAAAGCACGAUUGUUGAUGGUGAAAAUUUUAAACAGUCUAGUAUACGAUCACAGUUAAAAAUACAGCGAUCGGCUGAGAGGAAACGUUCGGUUUUGAAAGGGACCACAAUUAAACUCGCCCAAUAGCAGACUAAGCUGAAAGAAUGAUCUAUGGACAAGACUGCGCGGCGUUGAACUUUCACUAGUUGUUUACAGUCGACGGAAUGAUUUUUUUUUUUCCACCGGAGUCGCAUCUCGGUGUUGUAAAUAUUGCUAUUUCACAUUUUUCGCAGUGCUAAUUUUCCCACGAAAUUUACGCUGAAUUGCAGUUGCACACUGACGAAAUAACCCUAAAUCAUAGCAGCUUUCACCGUCAUACCGUUAUUCGAAUGUUUUCGACUUUUGUGAAAGUUUUUUUUUUUUUUUUUUUUUUUUUUAAUUUUUUCAUUCCAGAUGAUUUGUGUAUCACGUAAUAAGUUUUCUCCAAAAUGAUACAUCGUUUCUUACAACGAUUAUACUGAUCAGAGAAUCGGCAAGAAUCAAAAUUCUGUACAUAUAAAUUAUAUAACUAUGUAAAUGCGUGUAUCGUUGGUAUAUUCGGAUUUUUGUGCCUCGUUUUACUGAAUAAAGGAAUUGUAUUAUGAU